UAAAAAUAUUAUGUCAUUAUCUUAAAGAAUAACAGUGACAUAAAAAGGAAGAGAACUUCAAGAAUAAUUGAGAGACCAAAAUAGAUAACCAUAAAAGCCAUCAUAGAUUAAAGAAAAUUAAGGUAAACGGAUAGCACAAAUAGAUAGAUAGUAUAGCUCAUUUUUUUGAUAAAGAACUAAAAGCAUAAGAUUAACUUGAUAGUUAUGCUUCUUUAGUUUAAAAUAGAUUGAAGUCUCCAGAAUAGAUAAUUGAAUUUCUUGAAACAAAAUUUUAGAAAUAACCUUUAUUUGUUUAAAAGGAGAUGUAAAAGGUUGGAUAAAGAAUAUACCAUUAUGGCAAUAAAGAUAUACAGUCUUAGGUUGUGUUGCCUUAGUUAGAUUUUAGAUAAAAGUAAUAUAUGAAAAACAAAUAUGCUAAUUUUAGUGAGAAUAUAUCAUCUCGAUAAUCAAGUAAAACUUAAUUUAAAUGAUAGAACAUAAAGUUGAGGAAGGAUUAACAAAAAAAAUAAAUUUUAUGUUAUUUUAGGAAGGAAAGAUAGAGAGAAUGAUAACUAAGUAUGAAAAAUUUAAUGAAAAAGCUAAAUUAAUACCCGAAUAUAAGAAAGAUGAUAAAAAAGGAGAAGAUUUUAUGAAAUAAUUAUUAUAAAGAAUGGAUGCAGGUCAAGAAACAAGAGUUGAAUCUCUAUAAGAAAUAAGAUAAUAACAUAAAGCAGAAUUAAGUUUACUUGAAUAUUAAAAUCUAUAAAAGGAAAGACUAAAAUAAACUAUGACUGAUUUGCAUAAAUCAAAAUAUGGUAAAUAUUGGAAUAAAUAAAAAUUAUCAUCUAGAACAGAUAAAUGA